UGAGCGUACGAAGGCGGGGCUAAACGAGACUUCGCUGCAGCCUCUCCAAGCUACAGUGCGUCUUUGAGAUCGCACAGGCCUCAGGUUUUAAACCUGGUAAUUCACGUUAUUUGUAUUUAUCGCUGCCAGACAUGAGCGAUAACGAGAAAGACUAUGGCGCGAGAAAUAUUAAGAGGGAGUCGCGCUCUGCGUCCGGGAGCGCGAGUCCGCACGGCUCGGGGAAGUCCGCCAGCCGCUCCCCGGCGCGCUCCCCGGCCAACUCCAAGGAGGGCUCGCGCCACUCCCGGUCCAAGUCCCACUCGCGCUCCAGGUCCAAGUCCGGGUCCCACUCCCACCGCGGCUCGCGGCGGCACUACAGCCGCUCGCGUUCCCGCUCGCGCUCCAACCGGCGGCGUUCGCGCAGCCGCUCCUACAGCGGCGAGAGACGGCGCCGCAGCCACAGCCGCUCGCCCAUGUCCAACCGCCGCAGGCACAUUGGCAACCGGGCGAACCCCGACCCCAACUGCUGCCUAGGCAUCUUCGGCCUGAGCUUGUACACGACAGAGAGGGAUCUACGAGACGUCUUUUCCAAGUACGGCCCACUGGCUGACGUCUGCAUCGUCUACGACCAGCAGUCCCGACGCUCCAGGGGCUUCUGCUUCGUCUACUUCGAGACAAGGGAAGAUGCAAAAGAGGCAAAGGAACGAGCCAACGGUAUGGAGUUGGACGGACGGCGGAUCAGGGUUGACUUCUCCAUCACGAAAAGGCCUCACACCCCCACCCCGGGUAUCUACAUGGGCCGCCCCACAUAUGGCGGCGGCGGAGGAGGCGGUGGAGGCGGAGGAGGCGGUCCCAGCGGUCCGAGGCGCUAUUCGCGCGACUACGACCGCGGCUACGACCGGGGCGACCGUGGCUACGACCGAGGAGGCUAUGAUCGCUACGACGACCGGGAGUACUACAAUAACCGCUCGUACAGGAGGAGAUCGCCGUCACCGUACUACAGAGGAACGUACCGCUCCCGCUCCCGAUCCCGCUCCUACUCGCCUCGUCGUUACUGAACAGCAGCUCCUUGACUACAAAGUGUCCACUCCCUGUCCAAACCCACGGAUGAGUCGACCCGGUUUUGGUUUUCUUGAGACUAUUUUAUUUUAUGUAAAUGAGUUAUUAUAUUUGUAUGACUGUGCGACGAUUUGUCGGAAAUUUGUGUGUGUGUUUUAAAUGUUAAUUGUAUAGCCCCCCCCACCUGACUUUUUGGUUGUUUUUGGUACAGUCGGUUUCACAAGUGUGAGUGGAUUUAUAUUCUCAAGUCUUUUAUGUGAUUAAACAAAAACAGUCCACCUUUUUGUCUUAUGGUAUGUCAUUUUACCACACACAAACUCGCCAAAUGCAAUUGAAUCGCAUCUGACGUGAAUUAAAUUGCUAUUGCUUCUCCAGUUCUUAAGUUUUGCAUUAAUUUAUGAAGUUUUCAGUGUCUCCUCAAACAACCAUUAUACACCCUCACCCUUACCCUACAAU